GGGAGUUUUGAACCGGUUUGAGCGGCCAAAAUCGGUGCCAAACUUAAGGUAAAUGUCCCCGUUUUAAGCGCUUGUCGUUGGCGUCGGGUCACGUCAUGGUCCCAUUGCACAUGUCGCUUUAUUAAAGCCGCAGCGAAGAGGGGAGGGGAAAAAAAGGCCGCCAGUAACCCGCGGAGCAGCCGGCUGGCUAACCAGCGUCGGUGCUGCGUGUUUGCUAGCAGCUGCGACCCGGACUCAGGCUCUGCGGCGGAACGCUGAAGUUGCCCGUCACAGUGUCCUGCCGAGUGGACAGCUUCAUGAUUACCCACCCUGACUUAAAGGUGUUCUCUAUCCCAGCCUGACGUGGCGGUGAUUUCUGCUGCCUAGCGGGCUCUGAUGCGUCUUCACAAGUUAGCUACACAUACACGCUCAUCAAAGCCUCUUGGCGUUAGGCAGUGGUGUACUUGCUCAUGCUAGUUUAGAGCAUUAACGUGUCUACAUUGUGUGCACCCAGUUUCGUUCGUGCCGUCGGGACAUCAUGAGCAAACACGAGGAGUCCUGGGAGAGGCUGGACUCAGAUUUUGAUCAUUACUUAGAAAACAUGAAACCCUGUGUCCUCAAACUCCCCAAUAAAAUGGAGCGCCAGUGUUGUGCGAUGUGGAUAAAGAAGCUAUGUGAUCCAGCAAUGACUGGCUCAGGACUAACGGCUCGCAAGAAUCGCAACAUGUAUGCCCGUUUGCUUGUACACAUGCUCAGAAGAGGGAUCCUGGAAGGCCCUUUCACUAGCAAGCCAGAGCCAGGGACCCUCAAGACACUUCCUAACUACAUGUCUAUCUACUUUGAUGAGCCCCUGAAUGGUCGACCUAUGGAGCAGAGCUGCGCUGGUCUGCCUGACUGGGUGACAGGAGAGCUGGGUCUCCAUCAUGAAAACGCAUGGGCUAGCAGUCCGCUGAAAGACGGAACCAGAUCUUCGCCCCCUGCAACUAAUUUCAGGAGGAGGCUAUAUGAGAAGUCCCCAUCUCCACCCAUGGCCUCUAGUUCACUCAAGCACUGUUCCAGAGAGGACCCCAAAAUGAUGGACAGGAAGAUGAAGUCAGAUGUAUCUCCUGACGCCAGCGACCUGGAGGCUCGCCUCAACAGCUGGAACCUGGGGAUUGAAAACCCCAGGUAUUUGCGAGAGAAGCCCAUCCCUCUGUCUCCGAUAUUCAAGUUGAGCCUGGGGAGGAAUAGCACCUUGGCAGAGGAGCAGGGCCCUCUAUUCAUACAGAGCAAAGAGAUUGAAAUGAAGGUCAAAGUAUUGGAGGCCAAGCACCAGGAAGAGAAGCUAAAGAUGCAGCAGAGACAUGACGCAGACGUCCAGAAGAUUCUGGACCGAAAGAAUGGUGAGAUCGAUGAGUUGAAGACUUUGUACCGAGCCAAGAACAAAGAAUCUGACGAGACCAUUCGCAGGCUGGAGAGGAAAGUACAAAGUGUGCUGCGGGAGUCCCAGGUCAUCCGUGAGAGCAAAGAAAAGCAGAUCGCAGAGCUAAAGAAGAUGUCAGAUCAGAGCGCCGACUCCCUGAAAAACGAGUGGGAGAAGAAGCUGCAUGCUGCAGUAUCGGAGAUGGAGCAAGAGAAGUUUGAGCUCCAGAAGAAACACACGGAUAGCAUCCAGGAGCUACUGGAGGACACCACUCACAGACUAGCCAGGAUGGAGACCGAGUACAAUGACCAGACAAAGGCCACUGAGCAAAUGGUGCGCGAGCUGGAACUCCGGGUGAAGCAGCAGUUGGUGGAAGUGGAGAAGGGCAACGCCUUGCGCCAGAGGUUGACCCAGGAGAAGGCCCAGCUGGAGAUCCACAUUGCAACCAUUGGUGCUGAACUGCAGGAGGCCAUCCAACGGAGCAUGUCCCUGCUGAAGGAGAAGGAUCAGCUGAGUGAACAGCAUGAGCAGACCUUGCAGGAGCUCCGGGCCAAACAUGAGACAGACAUGAACCAUUUUCAACAGGAGCACACUCUCUCAGCUACCAAGGCCUCUGAGGUGAUAGAGGAACUGGAGCAGACGGUGGCUCAGCUCAGACACCAAGUACAGGAUAGUGAACACAGAAGACAAAAACAACUCAGGGACGUAGAGACCAGGUUUCAGCAGGAGAAAGAUGAACUGCAGACCAAGUGUGAGAAAAAGGUUCUCGCCAUCCAGAAUGAGGCAGAAAAACAGAGAACAGAUGCGAAGAAGAAGAUUGCCACAUUAGAAGAUACACUCAGAGAGAUGGAUGGUCAGGUGGAGCGAGCCAAGGAGAGCCAGAGACAGCAGGCCCAGCAGGCUGACUUCGCUCUGGAGCAAUUCAAAAAACAAGUUGAGCUCAGCUCUGAGAAGACCUACGCUGAGAUGAAACUCCAGAUGGAGAAGGUUGAGGAGGACCUGAUUCGCUCCAAGUCCCUCAGAGAGAAACAGUCCAAGGAGUUCUCCCAACAACUGGAUGUGCUCAGACAGAAAUAUGAGCAACAGUGGAUUUACCCUGACCAUAUCUACAUCCUCAUUUCACCUCUCACAUCCUGGUUGCUCCAAAAACCCAUGCCCCGAGAGUCUCAAACCGGAGCGAACAACCAUUUCGCAACUGGGGAGCAGGUUGCAAGUUUGCGCGAGGAGAUCCAGGCGGUCCAGACCCAAAGGAAGCAGCAGCUGGCCGAAAUGGCCUUGGUCUCAGAGGAGGCGAGGCAGAGGGCUGCACAGGACCAGGAGGCCUCCCUCACUCAGUUCCGCACAGAGAUGGAGCGCAUCCGUCGAGACCACCAGCGGGAAAAGGACGCCAUCGAGGAGAAGACCAACAGCAGGCUGAAGCAGAUUGAGAAGGAGUAUGGUCAGAAGCUUGCCAAAUCUGCCCAGUUGGUGCUGGAGCUGCAGACAUCGGUGCGUGGCUCCAAGGAGGAGGCCGUGCACCUUCAGCAGACUACGGAGAGGAGGCUGGAGGAGGCCAAUGCUCGCUGGGACCAGGAGAGGAGGACCUUGACCCGCAGUGCCUAUCAGGCCAACAAGGCUAUGCUGGAGAAGGUGGAGAUCCUCCAGAAGCAGCUGCAUUCAUCAGAGAAGAAACUGCUCAGCAAAGAGCUGGAAACUCAGGAGCAGAUGACCGGGCUGCGUCAGGAGUGUGAGGUGAAGAUCAAAGGCCUGAUGCCAGCAGAGCUUCGCCAGGAGCUGGAGGACACCAUCACCUCGCUCAAAGCUCAGGUCAAUUUUCUGCAGAAGCGAGCCUCUGUGCUACAGGAGGACUUGGAUGCCUGUCGCAGCAGGAGGUAACCACGGAGAACUGUAGCCGCGCCUCCCAUUGGGACACGAAGGAUAAGACGUCCAAUCAGACGUGAGCAUUACUGACCGUUACCGGGCAUCUCACACGUUCAAUCAAACGUCUUUCUGUUUCACGAGCUGCUCGCUGUCACGGGCUGCUUGAUGCAAGCGCUAUUUAUUCGUUGUCGCAUUUCAGUUUGUGUUGCGCUGUUGGAAAAUGUGUCAUUUCAGUAUUCUAAACAUGUAUGUUUUAAACUACAUUUUUGUCUCCAUCCCAUUUACUAUUUGAGAAAAGUCAUUUGAAAUGGAGCGUUUUUGUACCGUCCACAUCAAAAUGGGGCAUUUUAAUAAAAGUCUUUU